GGGUUGAGGUGGGGGCUCGGCGCUGAAAUGUUGCCGUGCAGAGUUAAGAUCAUUCUGAAACAGCAACGCUAAAGCACAUAGCAGCUUGCAAAGUGAUAGCCGCGCAGCAGACAACUUCCCACUAGCCAUUGCUGUCUCCACGGGCUGACUUGGAUUUAGCUCCGAUUGCUACGGAUGUGCUUCGGGAAACAGAUUUUAGCCUUUGCAUUCGGCAUUCCCAUUGCAUUUUGUCUACCUAAGGUUGGGGAGCAGGAUUGCGGGUGAGGACCAUGUGGUGAAAAGUAGCGUGGAUCCAAGGAAGCUGUUGGGACUACUACGCGCCUGGAAGGGAGAAGCAAGCCCCGAAUUGGCGGAAGGCAAGGGAGAGGAGAACCGGCCGUGCAGCAGCAGCCGCCUUGCUUCGCAAACGCACUCCUCGAAGCCCUGCCGCUGCUUACAGGCGACUCGCGUCGAGAGGAUGCAGCGUGCGACUGAUUUGUUGUAGGUUGAGUGAACCCUGCUUGCAAAACCAGCUCGAUCGCCUGUACCUGGUGGCUGCCAAAGAAAUCGCUUCCUCUGGAUUCCCUGUAGUUAUUCCCCGAGUGCGGAGGAGCCGCUCUUCAGAGAAAAGCGUGUUCGCUUCGUGACCAAGUAACUUGAGGGGUGGGGUAACACACCCCCUUGAAUGUUUGUGCUUCGGAGAGAGGGGUGUUUGGGGAGCAGGCAAGUUGGAUUUUCUUCUGCUCGGGGAACAGGGUUUUGCGAUCGCUGGGUGCGCUUAGCAAGAAAGGGAGACGCAGAGGAACUUGGCCUCUCCAACCCGAAGGGAGCUGGCGAGCGAGGACUGGGGGGGUGUCGCAAGCCCGCCUGAGUUGGGAAUGAGUUCUCCAGCGUUUUGAGACUUUUCACACGCUACUCUAUGGAUCUAACUUAGCAGGGUGGUGCUUUCACGCGGAUUCGCCAUUCAAAUACGAUUUCAGAUGCAUGCCAGAUUCCUGGUGAAUGCCAGAAGUAGAGAUCGCUACAGAUGGAGUCCCAAGGUCAACAUGGAAGUGGCAGUUCAUUAGUUGUCCUUCAGCAGCCUUCUUUGGAUAGCAGGCAAAGGGUGGACUAUGAAAGAGACGUUCAGCCCACAGCUAUCUUGUCUCUGGAGCAGAUCAAGACCAUCAGGGGCAGCAACGAGUACACUGAAGGCCCAUCUGUGGUGAAAAGGUCAGCUCCACGGACAGCGCCUAGACAAGAAAAGCAUGAAAGGACUCAUGAAAUCAUACCGAUUAAUGUGAAUAAUAAUUAUGAGCACAGGCCCAGCCAUCCAGGACACGUGCUGCAUCAACACAACUCAAGGGCUCCUGUGUUGAGCAGAUCCACAAGCACUGGGAGCGCAGCCAGUUCUGGGAGCAACAGCAGUGCUUCUUCAGAGCAGGGCCUGCUGCUAAGAUCGUCCCCAUCUAGGUUAGGGCCUGGUCACAGAUCUGAAAGGCCAAUCUGGACGCAGCCCAAGCCGUCAUCCCUGAUUGUAGACGAUCUGAAGAGUCCCUUGAAAGAGGACUUGACGCAGCACAAGUUUAUCUGUGAACAGUGUGGGAAGUGCAAAUGUGGAGAGUGCACGGCACCCAGGGCCUUGCCAUCUUGCUUGGCUUGCAACAGGCAGUGCUUGUGUUCAGCAGAGAGCAUGGUGGAAUACAGCACCUGCAUGUGCUUGGUCAAAGGGAUCUUCUACCACUGUUCCAAUGAUGAUGAAGGGGACUCUUAUGCGGAUAAUCCUUGCUCUUGCUCCCAGGCACAUUGCUGGUCUAGGUACUUAUGUAUGGGAGCCAUGUCCUUCUUUUUGCCUUGCCUGCUUUGUUAUCCUCCUGCAAAAGGAUGCCUUAAACUGUGCCGAGGAUGUUAUGACCGGAUCAAUCGUCCAGGUUGCCGAUGCAAGAACUCUAACACGGUUUAUUGUAAGCUGGAAAGUUGCCCUUCGAGGGGUCAAGGCAAGCCCUCAUGAUUUAUAGAGGAAAAUGUUCAGUUCCUUUAGACUCUUUCAGGUUGUGGCUGGCUCUUCUGUCUCGAUUCCCCCCCCCCCGCCCUUCACCCAUUUCCUUUUCUUUUUUCUAACUUUCAUACACAAGCUCUUUCCUUUUGACGCCAUAGUUUCUCUCAGCGAAGGCAAAUCUGAAUAUUUCCUUGGUCUUUGGUAAGUGUGGCUCACGUACUUGCAUCUAAUUUCUCAGCUUGGCAAGUCGACUCAGGUUUGUGAGUAAUCCACUCCUGAAAGAAGUAAUGAGAGUAAUGGGUUUUUCUGAAGCCUUUUAACUCUGCAAACAACUUUCCAAAGAUGCUGCUUUGUUUGUUCUCUACAACUCUUAUUUUAAACCACUUUUCAAUGGCUUUCUAAGUGACUUUUCAAAGUUUUUUUCCAUGAAAGAGCUGGAUUAUGAAGCUUUUUUUUUUUUUUUAAAGAAAGCAUGUGUUUUAGUUAGUUUGGAACUUAGCAAACCUAGUGCUCACCUUCUUUUCAUAGUGCAACUAGCCUGUUUUUGCUCCUUUCUUGACUGUGCUUUAAAAUUUCUCAGUCCAGACUCUGAAACCUUAUUUUAUUUACCUUGGCUCCCCACCACUGCCCACUUCACUAGAUGGAUCUGCACAUUGGAAAUGCUAUGGCUACAGCUUUGUUCAUGGUUUCUAUAGCUUUCAGAUAUACCCAGGGCCCUACAUUUCUAUUUUUUAACAUCUUUUCUUUUGAUACUAAAGUUGUUGGUUUCUGCACAUCUGAGUAAUAAUCUUCAGGUAUCAUACAGUUUAAAUUGUGUAAACGUUCUUUGAUCUCUAACAUUUCUAUUAUUUCUGUGGUUUAAUGUCAUUUAACUCAAUCCUGUGCUUUAUAACUUUAACCCUCUCCCUUUUUAUUGCCUUAGCCACAAAUUGUGGUGCUUUUUGUAUAUUUUAUGUAAAAACACAAAGUUGAAUUCUUCCUAUUUUUAAGACAAAGGUCUGUUAAAACUUUUUUAUUGUAAAGAAUAUUUAUUAUGUGAAUCUCUAUUAUUUUAUGAUAUUUAUUACAAAGGACAGUUCCAAAAAUGUACUCCUGUCUGAAUAUAACAAAAUAUCAAUACUUAACAAAAAAUAAGGGUGACACGCAGAAAGUACAUAUGUUAAACUAUAAUGCAGAAAAUAUAAUAAUUAAUGAAAACGUCUCUUGGGUUCUUUAUUUUUAAUAUAACAGUAAGCUGUGUUAGCAGUAUUAGUAAGUUAAGAGUACUGCUCCUUCUGUACCUUCCUCAUUUUUAUCACAACUGUGAAACCACUUCUAGUAUUCUAGUUUCAUUUAAUCACUUUUUUUGUUUUCAGUCAAGAGUUUGCUCUGAGAUACUUCACAGGAUUCAUGUAUGUUGGACAGGGGUGGACAACAUGUGGUCCACAAGCUGCAUUUGUGCAGUUGCAGAUUUUUGGUCAACUACUUACAGCUCCAUCUUUCAUUUUCUUAAGUUUCUGGUUCCCAUGGCUGCAAAUAUAAGUGUGAAAAUGGAAUGGCAAAAUUUGCUAAUAUAAAGGAUUGAAAGGGAGAAAAAAAUGAGCAAGAAAAUGCCAAAAUGUCUAGUAUUUCAAAUUGCACGAUGUCUAUAUAUUGCAACCUUUCGAAAGGUACAGCAACUCUGUACUUUCAGAUUACAAGACUAUAGAAUAAAUACAGUUGGUAUACCAAUCACAAUUUGACAUUGCCAGAUUCUUUAAAAACAUACAUUAGCUGCACCUGCACCACUCAUCAUUAUUUAGGACAUUGCUUUUGGUGCUGAACUUGUUGCCCCUCCCUGUUCUGUGUGAUCACCAGAGUAUUGGGUUCUGCCUUCUAAGGAGGCACUAUGGAAGCAUAGUUGUCCAUCAGUUUAUCUGCUUGCCCUUUCUAAAAUGCCAGACAUUCCUGUCCAUUUUUAGGAAUACAUGUGUUAGCUGGAUGAAUUGGAUAUUAGAAGAAAAUGCAUUUGUUUUUAAGUUUUGCAUCCAAAUAAAAUUUAACUCAGGACAAAAGUACCUUGUGUUACUGAAGUCCCUUAGUUGGGGAGCCUUCUGAGUAAUUCUACUUCUUGAACUGUCACUGGGUUCCACUCUGAUGUCCUCACCUGUUUGUUCAUCACUCUGAGCCUCCAAAUGAUUACACAGAAAUUUGAGGAUAGAGCUAGUACAGUCAUUCCACCUCUUGAGGCUAUUCGGUGCUCUUUGUCACAGCUGGGCUUUAGACAUAGCACUGUACUGGUUGAGUUGUAAUGGCAAGUGAAAUGUCUAUACAAACUGCCUUCUCAACUUUUAAGUUUGUCAAGUAAGCACAUAUUGCUACACAUGGCACAUAGUUUAUGCCAAUAACCACACUGUUAAUUUUUGCGCUCUUCAUCAUGUAGAAGAUCCAGAUAAGUUUGGCUCUUGUGGUAGAAGCAACAUUGACACACUUGAUGUUUUCUUGUUCAUUGGUUUAUUUAAAAAGAAUGUGUAAAAAAGGCUCUCAAUAUCUUAAUCACUUCAAAGUUGUACCUUUUUAAAGAGAGAGAGAAGAGUUUUAUCAAGCAUAAAAAUUGCCGUUCUCUCAUAAUUUGGCUUAACAAUAAUUUGACAGUUUGGACAAGUGCUCUGAUCGAAUAAGGGCAAACACAGAAAUGGAUUUCCAUGCAUGGAUCCCUUCUGGAUCUGUUCCUGCACAUACAAGAGGGUUCUUUAAGGAGGAAUCUCCUACAUUUGAAAGCUGGGUGUGUGUAUAUGUGGUUGGUGCCAUCAGUUCGGACUGUGCUAGGGGGAUGGGGAGAGAAGAACCGGAGCAUCUGCUCCCCCAGCAGCACCAGUCAUCUGUUUGCAGGAGAGAAAGGUCUUCAUAAUAGGGCACAUAAUGCUCCAAGUUUAUCUAAGUAUUUUUCUAAUAAAGAUGAAACCUUAUUUCUUAAGUCUCUAAUUGUUUUUUCUCCAGAUUACUGCUCUUCCAUAAGCAAAAGAAAGAUGGGCAUGUAAUAUUUUGAUGAUUUCUUAGUGAUAAUGUUUAAGUUAAGAUCUUUUCACAUGAUCUUGUAUUUUUCUCAUCAAACACACGUUUAUUUCAAACUUGUUGUACACAGUUGUUCAUCCUGAUUGUGCUUCUCAGGUUGGAGACAGCUUGCCUUUGCAAUACUUAAAGCAAAUUUGUUUGCAUAGGGGGAAUGCAAUACUCCCUACAGAUGGAUGGUUAAUUGCUGAUGUGAUUUCUGUGUAGAAUGUGGCUGCACAAGUGUUUUGAACCUUACGGAAUAUUAUUUUUGAAGUUAUUAGUGACAAAUGAAUAUACCUAAGGUCCCAUCUUCCUGCAUCUGUUAAGUAUACACAGGAUAUUGCACUCUUGGUAUUGGAAAGGGAGUUAAAUGAGGAUUGAUUAAAAUUUGGAUGGCCAUGGUUUGACUGAUGGUGCAGAAAGGCCUCUAGUCUAGCAGUUAGGAGUGUUCCAAAUCAUCACAGUACCAUUGCCAUGCUUUUCAUAUAAGUACCAGUACUCAGAAAUGCCUACGCAAUAUUUGGAUGCAAAGUUGAAACAAAGAUUUUUAGCUGUGAUUCUGUUGACCAAGUGGCCUUAAUUUGCAUUUGUUGUUAUGAAGAUUCCAAAUAAAUGGGUUUUGAACUAUUGAGUAAUCCUGAGGUGUGACAAACUAGUUUCAGGGACAGUUUUGUUCCAGCUGUAUGCCUUAUUCUUAUGAUUUGGCAUCUUUUCCAGCUGUCAGCAAUAAGUUUGUUUUUUCUUAAAGACAUAGCUUGGUUGAAAACAGAGGCACACGCAUGCUGGCACUUGAUUUUCACCAUUCUUUUCAGGUUAUGUAACAUUCCAUGGAAAUCUUUGAUGAUCUGAUUUCUGUACAACCAAUUCUGUAUUGUUGGAAGGAGCUGAUAUUCCAAACAUUCAGGUUUCCCAUCUAGAACUUGGAAAACAUUAACAUUUCAUACUUUUUAAAUGCAUGCUGUAUGGACCUCUUAACUAAAUAGUUUCGCUGGGUGUACUGGUAGGACUAGUUCACUAGUAGUAACCUUGGCGUAAUGUGUAAUUUACUUAAAAUGUACUCAGCUUUUAAACAUAAAAUGGACGUAAGAUCUUGGAGAAUAAGAGAGAUCUUUCAUUGGAAUACUUUCUAUUCCAAUAUAAACCCUUUCCUAGUUACACACAGAUGUACAGCUUGCAGAAUGGAAAGACUGCCAAUUCCUAGCUAUAUAGAGAGGCAGAUAGUAAAGGUUUCACAAUCAUUGGCUUGCGGGAGGGUGAAGUACAAGAAAAGCAUCUAAAGAAGUGACUGUGGUGGGCAUAUACACCUGCUACCACAAAUGUGCAUGCUUUAUCUUUUAACACGCUAGUGAGCAACAGAAAAAUGGCACUUGCCAAAACAAAUGGAAAGCUGAAUUCUGAAGUAGAAAUAAGCCACAACUAUGUUUGCAGCAUCCUGAAAGCUAGCACGUUCCUCAUGUCCAUGGACCUAACUGGUCAUGUUAAUUGGGGUACUAUUCUGUGAAAUACGUACAAACACCAGGCAGGAUGCAGACUAAUUUAGUCUUCACUAAGUUCCAUUGGUGGGGGUUCAGUGGCACAGUUGGGAAGCUGCCUGCCUAGAGAGCAGGAGGUUGUUGGUUCGAAUCCCCGAUGGGUAACUCCUAUAUCAGGCAGAAGCAAUAUAGGAAGAAGCUGAAAGGCAUUCUCUCAUACUGCGUGGGAGAAGGCAAUGGUAACCCCCUCCUGUACUCAACACUGUCGAGUCAGUGUUGGCUCGAGUCAGGAGCCAACACUGACUCGAUGGCACCACUUUACUUAAGCUCCAUUGAAAUAAAUAAGAACAGCCUUGCUGGAUGAGGCCCAGGGCCCAUCUAGUCCAGCAUCAUGUUUCAUACAGUGGCCCACCAGAUGCCUCUGGGGAGCCCACAGGCAAAAGGUAUGUGCAUGCCCUCUCUCCUGAUAUUUCUCCCCUGCAACUGGUAUUGAGAGACAUCAUGUCUCUGAGGCUGGAGAUGGCCCACAGCCACCAGACUAGUAGCCAUUGAUAGACCUGUCCACCAUGAAUCUAAGCCCCUUUUAAAGCUGUCUAAGCUGGUGGCCAUCACCACAUCCCAUGGCAAUGAAUUCCAUAAAUUAAUUAUGUGCUGUGUGAAAAAGUACUUCCUCUUGUUGGUCCUAAAUGAGGCAAGUUAGCUAUGAUGAACAUUAAGCGCCAUUAAAUUCAGUGAAAUUUAGUCAUGACUAAUUUAGCCUGGAUCCUGGCUACUGGAGUUGCUAUUUAGAAAUAGUGUAUGUUCAUAGUAGUCCAAUUUCAUCAAACUCUUCAAAUGUUUAACACAAUGUUGGACAUGAUUACAACUGGUGAACGUAAGAAUUGUAGCCUAAAUCACUCCACUGAGGGGUGGAGUUUUGUUCUCUGUUCUGCCUAAUAAGGAAUUCUGUGUUACUUGAAUGCUUGCAUGUUCUCGCAUUUUUAUUGGCAUAUUAAAAAUAUCCAUCUUGUCUAUUCAGAUACAUUCUUUGGGUGUCUUUCCAAAUAAUUCACAGGUGUUUUAUGCCUAAUUUUAGUGCCUUUGAUUCAGUUUGGUUUUUUGUGGGUCCACCUUGGGAGUGGAACGUACAAAUGCUGAAGCAUCCAAACUUGCUCUUGUGGCAACUGGUUUAUUUACUAGCACUGUUGCAGUGUCAAUAACACAAUUUUAGGUAGUGCCAGUUGUAGUAUUGUGGUUUAGUCUUCUGUUAUAAGAACAAUUUGAUGAACAUUACCACCAGAAUGAAGAGACUAGAGCACUUGACUAGCAUUAAUGAUCGUUAAGAUUAGAAGCGUCAAGGUUUAUUGUAACGGGACUCCUUGAUCAAGUCUUCCAUUCUCUAACAAAAAGUUGAUAAUGCUGUAUAUGGAUAGUACUUGUCAAAGUGGAGCCACUUGCUUUAUCAGUGCCUUUGUAUGGGGAGAAAGUAUUUGAUGGGGCUUUCUGCAUAGCAAGUCAACGUGUAUCUAAAUUGCAUAUUAGCUGUUCAUUAUCAUUAUCAUCUCGCAACUCCUUUUCCAGUGCUAGUAGCACAAUAUUCUGUUCGCGUGUAAAGGGCAGUGGUAGACAAUAACCGUGCUGAUAUCCCAAUUUAAAAAAAAAAUUGGUUAAGUUUCUUAAAAGCAUUGGAAAUUGUAAAGAUGGACAGUUUGACAGACAAGAUCCACCAAAUAAAUUUAUAUUCUUCAUCUG